AUGGCCCAAGCAGUCACAGUCUACCCGCCCUUGGGCGAGCGCCCAAUUGCAAACACAAUCUGUCUUUUUGACGUGGAUCUCACCUUGACCAUCCCCCGCCGAAAAGUCACACCCGAAAUGCUAGCCAUCCUCCACUCACUCCGACAAAAGAUGGCAAUAGGAUACGUAGGCGGCUCCGACCUCGCCAAGCAACAAGAGCAACUCGGGUCCCCCGACGUGCCCGUAACAACGCUCUUCGACUUCUGCUUCCCAGAGAACGGGCUCACGGCCUUCAAGAUGGGCGUCCCUUUGGCAUCGCAAUCCUUCAUCGGCUGGCUCGGCGAGCCGAAGUACAAGGACCUGGUCAAGUUCAUCCUGCACUACAUUGCAGACUUAGACAUCCCCGUGAAGAGGGGGACGUUCGUGGAGUUCAGGAAUGGCAUGAUCAAUGUUAGUCCCAUUGGAAGGAAUGCGAGUGUCGAUGAGAGGAACGAGUAUCAGCGGUAUGAUCUGGAGCACAAGAUCCGCGAGACAUUUGUGGGGAUCUUACAGGAGAAGUUUGCGGAUCUGGGUUUGGAGUAUUCAAUUGGUGGCCAGAUCUCGUUCGACGUGUUCCCGAAGGGCUGGGAUAAGACGUACUGUCUGGGGCAUUUGGAGAGGGAGGCUGAACAACCUGGUGGAGUCAAAUAUACAACUAUCCACUUCUUUGGCGACAAGACGUUCCCUGGUGGCAACGAUUACGAGAUCUUCUCGGAUCCGAGGACGAUUGGACAUACGGUUCUCAAUCCAGAUGAUACAUAUGCGCAGAUCAAGAAGAUGUUUGACCUUUGA